AUGGCAACCGUCACUAUGACCAAGGAGACGACUAAUGGAACGACCACCGGGGUCAAUGGGCAUACCAAUGGCUCCUUGAUUUCUGGCGAUGUCGAAGUGUCGCUGAACUACUAUCUUGAUCCUUCGUUGGGUGGAAUUACACACUACACUCCAGGAUCGGCUGGUGUUUACCGCCGCAAAUUCGACACUCGCAAGGUCGUGAUUCACGACAUGAGAGGCCGUGAAUCCGAGUUCAACAUCCACAAGCAAUCCUUCGAGGUGGCUCCAUUCACCACGGCUUGCAAGGAUUUCGUGGAUAGCGAGAUCAAAAGCGUCAUGUAUGCCGAGGCUCAAGAGCUUUUGAAGAAAAUAACGGGUUGCACCAGUGUGCACACCUUCUCACAUCUAGUGCGCCGCGACACGGCCGAGAGCAAUGAAGCGACCCUCGCAGCCCUCGAAGCCGCGGCAGGGGACAAACAGAUCCCAGACAACCAGGCGAUGGGCAAAGUGGUGCCGGCACGAUUCGCGCACAUCGACCAGUCGCCCAACGGCGCCCGAAGGCUCCUUCAAGACAACCUUGGAGCCGAUGUGGCCGAGAAACUGGCAAAGACUCGUUGGGGCAUCGUCAACAUCUGGCGCCCGAUUAAGACUAUCCGCAGAGAUCCCCUUGCUCUGUGUGACUCGCGCACCAUCAAAGACGAGGAGCUGGCUAUCGUAAAGUCGACACUCCCCAAGAAGGGCUCAGGUCAAGGCUACUACGACGGCGUGUCCAAGGGCGACGGCUUCGAGACGCUGGAACUCAGAUACGGUCCGGAUCAUGACUGGUGGUAUGUUUCUGAAUUGACGCCCGAGGAAGCCUUGGUGUUUAAAAUCUUCGAUUCCAAGAGAAGCGUCAAGGGACGGUCUGGGCAUACGUCGUUCAUUGACCCGAGAACCAGCCAGUUUGCCACGAGAGAGAGCAUGGAGCUGCGUUCGUUUGUGUUUUACGAGGACGAACCGCAGGAGGAUUAG